AUGUCGGCAGAACAGCAGCAGCCCCGGAAAGGAACAGGCGCCACACCCAGACAGAAGCCCCGGAGUGAUCGGGCGCACGAGGAGACCGCUGGGACCAUACCCAACCCCAUGUACAACUCUGGAACAGCAACCCGCAAGGCGACCUGCAUCGGUUGGUUAAGGGAGUUGUCGCAAAUUCUGGUCCCUGUGCUUGUCGUGUUCAUCGCCGUACUGUCGACAUAUUUUGCAGUGCGAGUUACUAUCACCAAAGAGAUGGGGAAGCUUCAAGCACGCUUACACGAGCUGGAAGGCAGGGCAGGAGUGGCAGGACCUCCUGGUCCACGUGGGCCUUCAGGAGAAAAGGGGGACAUAGGGCCAGCUGGUCCCAUGUCUACCGGGCCGCCUGGUCCUCCCGGAAAAAAGGGGGACACGGGGCCACCUGGCAUCGGGUCUACCGGGCCACUUGGACCUCCGGGAGAAAGGGGGCCAAUGGGGCCAGCUGGCAUUGGGUCUGCCGGGCAACCUGGGCCUCCAGGAGAAAAGGGGCCCAUAGGUCCACCUGGCCUCGGGACUGCCGGGCCACCUGGACCUCGUGGAGAAAAGGGAACCUUGGGUCCAGCUGGUCCUGGGCUCCCUGGUCCCCCUGGAUCACAAGGAGAAAAGGGACCAAUGGGCCCUCCAGGGAACGCCGGGCCGCCUGGUCAGACAGAAGUGAAGAUGUGUCCGUGCCCUUCCGGUUAG